GAUUUGUUUGUGGAGUGGUGAAUGGAUGCUAUAAAAAUGACGAAGAUAUACAGAAGGAUCCAGAGCUCCAAGAAAUGGUGAUGUUCAUAUACAACUAUGGAUUUCUGCAGAAGUCAGAUUGUCCCUCAAGCCUGAAAACAAGAGAAGAAGCCAUUAAAUACAUCACCAUGAUUAUGUUCACCUGCUCUGCCCAACAUGCUGCUGUGAACCAUGGGCAGUAUGAUAUCUAUGCCUGGAUGCCAAAUGGACCAACAACAAUGAGGAAGCCUCCACCCAAGAACAAGGAGGUGACUGAAAAAGACAUAAUGGACACUCUUCCAGACAUUACUACAACACUUGAGGCUAUGAAAGUGGCUAGUUUCCUCAGCCAGGUUCCAAAUGACUUUGUGCCACUUGGAGAGUACCCUGAGGAAGUUGCUUAUGAAAGCCAUAUGAGAGAUCCCCUCAUAAAGUUCAAAAGCACACUGAUGGAAAUUGGAAAGAAAAUCAGGACAAGGUCUGACUCCCAAGAGUUCCCCUAUGAGUAUUUGGACCCUGCAGGGAUGGAAAACAGCAUCACUAUGUAAUGUAUGUCUGAAUGAGCUACCUUUUUUCCUAAUCCAGGUUAUGGUAUUUUAUGGUCUCAGGUUAAAAUUGAUACUUUUGUUCUUGACUUACAUAGGUAAUUUGUACUAUUAUUUUAGUGAUGUUUCUGCUCUGGGAAUGCUGUUAGUCAUGGCUUACACUAUUGCUUAUAUUAAUAAGGUGAAUGCGUUUCUCCAAGAGUGUAAGUCACUAUGGAUAAGAGUCUCUGAAAUGAAUAUGUAAUUAUGCUGGGGAGGAUUUUUCUGUAUGGCAGCAAGACACAUUUUGCACAGACUGUAUCUUCAUCUGGAACCAUUUUUCAUCUUCAUAAUGGAUAAUGUAUACUGUAGUUGCUUAUAACCUCUGGGGUUGCUUAUACCUUCUAUAAUUCAGUAACUUGGGUGUUGGUACUUCAUAUUGUAUAAGGUUUUGAAGACAUUUGCAAAUACUUAUCAACCAAGUAUCAUGUUCUCUUUGAUAUUAUAAGCAUGUGGUUUUGCAAACAGUAUCAAUGUAAUUCAGUUGCUUUGCAAAAUAACUUGUCAUUAAAUGUGUCUUUCUUUACCCUGGAUAUGCCUCCUUUCUGAGAAAGGUUAAAUUCCUCAUAGCAUUUGAUAAGUGUAUUUGCAUUAUGUGAUAUUAUUUUCCCUGUCAUUGUAUUCCUAGAUGGUAAGAACAAUGUCAUGCAUUCUGAUACUAAUUAUGAUUUAAAGUGGAACUUUUGUGGAUAAAUUCAAGCUCAAGGUGUUUGUGUCUAUGAACAACUGUUGGCAUGAGGGGCUACUUACUUCAUUAAUGAGUUUGUUUGAAUUUGUCCUUAUCCUCUAUUCAAUUCUCAUGAUUAUAUUUUUGCAUUUCAAAAAGUCAUGGAAUUUUUAGUGGAUUGGCAAAAAUGCAAGGGUAUUUUUACAGAUUUAUGACAAGUAGAUCAUAGGAACAAAAUUAUUUGAUAAUGAUUUGUUACUUAUUCAAGUUAUCCCCUUUGUUGAAAUAUCAGUCAUCAAAUUCGACAAAAUUAGCUCAUUUAUACCCACCUAAUCAUCCCCUACAUCUGAUUGGCAGCACUAUCUCUGGUAUCUCCUACCCACAAAGUUGUCACAGCAAGAUAAUUAUAUUCUCAGUUUACCUGCAUUGUGAAAUAAGGGUAAAGAGUAUACAGCGCCCUGAAAUGCCAUCCAUAGAGAAUUCCAUAACAGGUAUAAACAUUUUUUGUUAUAACAGGAAUUCUCCCACUUCCUGAUUCUUUCCCCACACCUGAUUGCAAUUCCCCUCUCGUUACAUGUGAAUAAAAACCCCUUUGUUAGUCUGUUAUCUGUCCCGACCAUACUCUCCAGUGUUUAUAUCUGAUUGAUUUCUGUUACGAAUUGUUUUGCCUCCGACUUCCGCCUUUUGCUUUACCCGUCUGUCUUGUUUGGAACCAUAGUUUAUCGACCAGUUUUGGCUUUUCAACUUCUUUUCCUGGAUUCUGUUUUUGUUUGGUUUGCCCGCUAGUUAUCGAUACUUUGCCUGUGACUUCAACUUUGUUUUGGAUUAUCCCUGCUGAUUCUGUUUGCUGGCUAUCGACCUCUGCCUGUUUAAUCUGCCAAGUUUACAAUAAAGACUCUUGAAUCUUG